AUGGCUGAUGUGCACAUUUAUUUCGGAUCGCAAUCAGGCACCGCGGAAAGCUUCAGUGAAGAGUUGCAGGAAGAGGCUGACAAGUACGGAAUCAAAGCCGAGGUUCGGGAUCUGCAAACGUUUACUCCGGAGGGGUUUGCCGCGAGCAACAUCGUGAUCUUGGUGGUUGCCACCUAUGGUGAUGGAGAACCUACGGACAAUGCUGUGGCUUUCCAUCGUUGGGUUUCUAAUCCUAAGAACGAUGGGGCGCUGAAAGGCCAGCGCUUCACGGUCAUGGGCCUGGGCGACAUGAACUAUUCUCGUUUUAAUAACAUGGGCCAGCUGACAGAUACGCAUUUGGAGCGCAUGGGAGGAACACGCAUCUACAAGAGAGGUGUGGGAGAUGACAGCCAAGACAUCGUUUCCGAUUUUGAGAAAUGGAGGGAGGGCGGCCUCUGGGAGAACCUGAAGAAAGCAGUCGCAGAGGUGAAGAAAGAAGGUCGUUGCGUCUCCUUGGGCGAGUCGCGGCCGAACUCUGCAGCACUGGAAAAGCCCCUGGGUUCGGCGGUGCUGUCCAUCGUUCGCGCAAGUGCAGAGCUUCCUGCCGAACCAGAUUCCGAACCGUCGGAAGUGGCUGCCCGAUUCUAUUUCGAAGCGGAGAAGUGCACGGUUGCCAAGGUGCGAGAGCUGCGGCAGCACCGAAGCCUGGAAGAAGGCCUCUCAACCAUGGAGGUCGAGCUCGAGGCUUCCGAUGCACUCCAGAAAUACACUGCAGGCGGGACAUUGGCCAUGCUCCCUCGCAAUGCGCAGUCGGACGUCUCAGCCAUGCUAAAGCUUCUCGGUUACUCGGAGUCGGACCUGAACAAGCAGGUGACUUUCAAAGCUGCGGAAGGCACUGGUUUCAAGAUCAAGAAGCCUUUCCCGUCUCCUUGCACUCUGCGCGAUGCGCUGUACCUUUACUGCGACCUGGCCCGUGCGCCCACAAAGAAGCUGCUCUCCGCCCUCCAAGACAAGCUGGAUGCGCCCGCGAAGGAAUUCGUAGGCAAGCUGCUGUCAGAUGCUGAUGCGCUGAAGGCGCUGCAGUCUGAUGCAGUUUGCUGCCGCAUGCACGAGUUCUGGGCGCUCCUGGGUGUAACAGGAGGCCUGGAUCCGGUCAAGUUCCUCCUAAACUGCCCUCGGCAGCGCGCCCGCGAGUUCACCAUCGCCUCGUCACCACUCAUGGCACCAAAGCGGAUUUCUUUGUGUGUGAGUCUGACAACCCGCGAGACGGAGAGUUUGGAGUCCAUGGCCGAGAAGCUCAUCAGUGCCGGAGCCCUGCCGCCGACUGCGACUGCAGCCGCGCGUGAGGCCCGGCCGAGAUUCCUGGGCAUGUGCUCCCGGUACAUCUCGGCGGACCUGAAAGAAGGUGAUUGCGUCCUCGCAAAGUACCAUUCAUCCUCGCUCACCUUGCCAAGCAAAGAUGUGCCGAUCGUUAUGGUGGGAGCAGGUGCCGGCGUGGCACCCUUCCGCGGUUUCUGGGACGAGCUCAGGAAGGGUCCGCAGGUCGCCCCUGCAGUGCUCUUCUUCGGAUGCCGGAAUCCCGCGCAGGACUGGCUUUACAAGGAUGAGAUGAGCGCCGCGGUGAAGCUGGGCGGGGGCUGCGCCGCCUUGGCCCGGAUGCAGGUCGGUCCAAAGAGGCCGCUGGCCAGCCUCUUCACGGCUUUCUCGCGGCCAGGGGAGGGCAAGGAGAAGACCUACGUUCAGGAUGCCAUCAAGAAGCAGGGCGAGUCGGUCAAGGCAUGGGUUCAGAACAUGGGCGGCUACGUCUUCAUCUGCGGCUCCACGGCCAUGGGGAACGGUGUGUUGCAGGCGCUGGGAGAGGUCCUGGAAGGCGGCCCCGAAGCCGUAGAGGCCCUGAAGAGCGAGGGCCGCAUCGUCGCGGAGUAUGCUCCCGACGAUGGCAGAAACAUGUUGUGUUCAGCUGUGGGCAUGGUGAUGGCGUGCCCUGGAAUUCACCCUGACUGCACCAGUGGAAAGCAUUGCUCUGAUGCGGGCAGUAUGCUGUGCGUGGAUCGUGGCAUACUGUUACAGGGAGAAGCUCUGCCGGACAAUGACUGGAAUGAGCUGCAUGAUGCUGGGUAUGUGGUUGAGUGCUGGCAUUUGACAGUCAAGCAACAGGCAGCGCUGAAUACAGGCUGGGGUUGGCCACGCCCGCGGCAAGUUCCAGCGCUUCUGGCGCUUCUUUUUGCUUCCUCUGUGCCACGGCUGCGGUGCCGCCGUCGUGCAGGGGACAGUUUCGAAUUCAACACGCGCCUUUGGAAUCAGUUUCUGCGGAUUGCGCAGCCCUAUUUCUUGCCGUUUCCAGACGACGAUCAGGAAGCCUCCGAUGCCCAGCCUGGAUUCGUUGCGUUGAUCCUGGCCACGCUCGUCGGCGUCGUCGGAGGCACCUUCUGGCUGGCUUUGGGUGCGGGCUUGGCCGCGCAGGCGCUCCUGGGAUCACUGCCAGAAGGCUUGGGUGGCACCCUGACCUCCAUGCAGGCUCCCGCGCUGGAGCUUGUGGCGCUCCUCGGCGUCCUAGGUGCCUCUGCAACUUUUGCGGCCGCGCGUCAGCGUCUACAGGGCCGCUGGCGACAGUGGUGGCUUCUGGCGUUGCUGCUUUUCUUGCUCUUCUGCGUCACGGGUCUCAAUGUGCUGCUAAGCUAUGUCUUUCGGGCGAUCGACAACGUUCUCGUUGAGAAGAACGCGACCGAGUUCUAUGCACAACUGGGCGUGUUUGGUGCCGCCCUGGCCGUUGCGGUGCCAGUGAUCAGCGGCUACCGCUACGUCCGGCUCACGCUAGGCCGGAGCUGGCGCCAGGCCUUGACGGAGCUCUUUUUGGCGAAGUAUUUGCAGAACCGCGCCUUCUACCUCCUCGACUCGAACUCGCAAAGCACCGAUGUGGACAACCCGGACCAGAGGAUUUCGGAGGAUGUCGAUUACUUCACCAAGGUCACGCUGGACUUCUUGCUGGACAUUCUUGACAGCGUGCUGAACCUCGUGUCCUUUUCUGCAAUCCUGUGGACCACAUCGCAGACCCUGACUGGAGCUUUGGCUGUGUACGCUUUGGUCGGUACCUCCUUGGCCGUGUACCUGGGAGGUCGCCUCGUCGGCCUCAACUACGAGCAGCUUCGCUUGCAAGCGGACUUCCGCUACAGCUUGGUGCACGUGCGGGACAAUGCCGAAGCGAUUGCUUUCUAUGGCGGCGAGAAGCGUGAGGAGGGCGAGGUCAAGGCGAAGCUGGGAGCGACCUUGUCGAAUUACGACCAGCUGAUCAUCUGGGAGACUGGGCUUUCUGCCUACCAGCAGGCGUUCUUCUACCUGGCUCGCCUGGUGCCUUACUUCGUGCUCGGCGGUCUGUACUUCUCCGGUCAGGUGGACUUUGGCACAUUGGGUCAAGCACAGUUCGCUUUCAGCAUGGUUCUCAGCUCAGUCACCAUCAUCGUGUCGCGGAUCCAGGACAUCUCCCGCUUCUCGGCCGGGAUCUCCCGCUUGGGAGCUUUUUGGGAGGCGCUGACGAAGCCCCCGGAUGCAAAGGCGGCUCGGAUCUCGACUCUGGAGGGUUCCGGCUUGCAAUUGCAGAAGAUGACGCUCUUCACUCCGGAUGGCUCGCGGCUUCUGCUGAAGGAUCUAGACAUGGUCCUUGCAGAAGGGCGACAGCGCCGGCUCCUGGUGGUCGGCAGCAGCGGUAUCGGCAAGAGCUCGGUACUGCGGGCAGUGGCCGGGCUCUGGAAUAGAGGCGAAGGCACCAUUGUGAGGCCACCGUCCGCUCAGAUGCUCUUCCUGCCGCAGAGGCCUUACAUGCCCUUGGGAGAUCUGCGAACUCAGCUGCUUUACCCAUCAGAGGGCACGCUUGGCGAUCACACAGAUGUGGAGCUCGAAGAUGUGCUCGGCCGAUUCGGCCUGCGCGACCUGCCGGGGCGCUUCGAGGGCGGCUUCGGAGCGGUCCAGGACUGGUCGCGCGUGCUCUCCUUGGGGGAGCAGCAGCGCCUUGCCGCAGCACGCUGCCUUACGACGCAGCCGCGUUUUGUGGUGCUCGAUGAGGCCACAAGUGCUUUGCCACUAGCUGCGGAGAAGACCGUUUACGACCAGUUCACUUCGGAGCCGCGCAUCGAAGGCUAUGUCAGCGUGGGACACCGCGUCAGCUUGGCAAAGUACCAUGACGUAGUCCUGGAGCUCUUGGGCGAAGGGCAGUGGCGCGUGAUGACGCCCUCGGAGUACGAGGCUGGGCCACAGUCGGUUCAAAGUGACCGUGCAAGCCGGCUCUGGCUUUGCAAGAAAGAAGGCUUUCACCCCUUGCUGACCAUGUGCCAGCCGCCGCUCAUCGGAUUGGGUCCAAGUGCCGAGACGAAGAAGGUGUCAAUCGAAACAUUCUGGAUGCAAGGGUUCGAUAUGCGCUCCGGCAAGCUUCAUGUUGCGGAAGUUGUGAACAGUGACACACCCACCCACAGCAUCCAUGUCGGAUGCACACCCCCGACCAACUUCCACUGCUCUUUCAGCUCCGAAGCUGAGGUUCUGGUGGUGAUGCUGUGGGAAGUGCUCUGCACAUCCUUGACCAAAGAGAAGCCCACCAUCGUGACCGAGUUGGUUGCACUGCUCUGCCGGGGCCGCAAGGAGGAGAAGCUUCCGGACCAGCGGCAGGGCCUGGCCCACGUGCUGUGCCAGAAGAUGGACGAGUUCUCCCAAGAGAACGCCAAGGCCCACUUCUGGUCGGCCCGCACCUGGUCUCGAGACUUCGAGCCCAGCGAAGAGCUGAGCACCUGGGAGCUCGAGGACUCUUCUUGCGGUCCCAGCCGCUUUCUGCCGCUUCCGAGUAUGUCGGUCAUCUUCUUCGCCGAGCACACCAUCACCAAACAGCAGAGCGAGGGCAGCAUCGAAAUCACCCUGCUUCGUGUUGGGGACCUCAGCAAUGAGGUGGCGGUGGAGCUGGCCACAAUCGUCGGGACCGCGAAGGCCGAGAACUGCUUCAAGGCCUCCAAGGGCCUGGCGGUCUUCCCUCCCGGCUCCAGCUCCGCAGUCUUCUCCGUGGAGCUGCUGCCCCACGAAGGCUUCAUCUCGCAGCGAUUCUUCGUCGUCCACGUGGAGCGCAUCAUCGGCCAGGCCACCAUGGGCAGCUGCUUCUUCACCCGCGUGCGGCUGCUGCCGUCAGGGGUCUGGCCGACAGGCCUAAAAGCUGCUGACGUGGAAUGCCCAAAUCCCAGUCGUCUGGUGAGGCUGAAGAUGGUCUGGGCCUUUGCGGCGAUGAUGCUACGGCGUCGGGGCGUCCGCCUCUGGAAGGUGAUGGCCUCCAUCGUGUGGCUGGACUUCCACCGUGUGGUCAUGAACACGCUGCUGCUAAACUACGCGAUCUACGACUUUUGCUUGACGAAGGCCAGCUUCGAGGCCGCGUGCCACCGUCUGCCUUUCAUCGUCCUGACGAAGCUGGUGCUGGUCUGCGUGGACAGGCUGGCCAGCCACGUCAAGGCGGCCAUGCUGGGCAGCCUCUCCACCACGCGCCUGCUUCAGGAGGUGCUCCUGCACAGGCUUCCCAGCGAUGUGCUGCACCUUGGCACCUUCCUGCACAUGCUCUUCGACACCGUGCCCGAAAGCGUAACCUACGGCUACAAGACCAUCUUCCAGCUGGCGCACAGCUCGGUGUCCAUGGUCUUCUCUGUCCUCAUCGCGUUGGUAGUGCAGGUCCUCAAAGGGGAGGUGCCUCCGCGCAGCGCCUGGCAGCCGCUUCUCUGGAUCCUGGUGCCCAUGUGCUGGACAGUGAUCAUCAGCGUCUGUCAGCGGCGGAGUUCUUUCAAUCGAUGGGCAGUGCAGGCACGCGACUCCGACAUCGAGAAGACCUCAGCCAUGGUGGAGCUGUUGAACUGCAGGCAGUGGCUGAGAGCCUACGACGGCUCGUACCCUGUGCAGCAUGUGCGGAGCACGUUUGAUGAUGCCUGGUCCAGCUUCCUGGAAAAGCGGACCUUCUUCGGGAUCUACAAGAACGACACGCAGUGGCUGGCUCGCUACGUUGGGGAGCUCACGAAGGUGCUGGGAAUUCUGUUCGGUGGCUAUGCGGUCGUCCAACACACGCAAAGUGGGGAGGGCAACAUGACUAUCGGCCGCUUCACAGUGUUUGUCAGUCUCUACAGCAUCAUCGUGGAUGUGCUGUACAGCUUUAUCGAAGCAUGGGAUGGCUUGGUCUACGCAGGGAUACUCGUCGAGGAGCUUGCGCAAUUCAUAAACAGGCCCAGCCGGUGGCUGCAUCAGCUCUCCGACGAUCACGUCGACUCGGAGAGCCAUCCAGUGCUUACGGGCUCCUUCGCCAUAAAACUGACUUCUGUGAGCUUCCACAUGGAUGCGAUGCCUAGCAAGCUGUCAUCAACGGAUGCAGAUAUACCGCUGGGCCGUACUUAUGGUAUCCGGACGCUCAAUGAUGCGAGCUCCUUGCGUCGGCAGCUAGGUGAGAUCCUUGGCGGACUGCGGGUACCGCCUGGCAAGGUAGACUUGGUCGCCUGCGCCAGGUUUUUGCUCCUGAAACCACCCGUCACCUUGGCGACCGGAACUGUUCUGGAGAAUCUGCUCUCCAACGCCGCGGCUUGGGUGCGGGCGAGCGACGUCCUCGCGCUCUUGGCGAUGCUGGGCAUCCCGUUGCCCCCGCCGCCGGGUGCCCAGCCGCGGCACGCGCUGGACCCGGCCGUCCUUCUCCAGGCGGCGAAGCAAGCUGCUGAGCUCCACGGAGCCACGCCGCCCCAGCUGAAGAGCGACAAGCUCUAUGCCCACUGCACCUGGUUCCGAGAUCGCUGCGUGGAGUCUGACAUCGACGUGCUGUCGCAGAUCACGAGAGCAGAGGAGCUUCUGCAGCCCUCGGAAAAGUUUUUGUUCGACAUCGCACGUGGCCUUCUCGCUGAUCCGGAAGUGUUGGUGGUCCAGGACAUCUUGGGAGUGCUGCCACUGCCUCUGGCGAGGAACGCGCUGCAGGUUCUCUGGCUCUGGCAGCGCCUCGGAGGCCUCAAAGGCGCCCCUCGGCCCAGUUCCGUGGAGGGAGGGUCCAUCCCUUUUCCCCUUUUCGAGGUCAUCCUAGCCUUGGAGGGCGGCAUGGCGGCGGUGCCACCGCCCUUUCCUGCAUGGCUCACACCUUGCGGCAGCCUCCCACGCACUGUCUUCAUUUCAGAGUCCACGAUCGUUUGCGCAGGGCUCCAUUUGAGCAGGAACAUCGAUUCCUGGUUGCUGUUCCAGCCAUCCGGAUUGCUGGAAAUCGUGGAGGGCGGAUCCAUCGACGAUUGA